AAACACGGAAGAACAACAGGGACUCAGAAGUGGGCACGGUCCACAGUCUGGAGUUUGCGAUCAUGUCGUCAAGCGACGACACUAACGUUGUUGGAGGAGUCCAUGGGCUUCUUUUGAAGCUUUAUGCUUCUCUCUCGGAUAGUGACUCUAGAAAUGCAGCUUUGAAAUGCCAUGAUAUUAUCGGGGAUUUGGGGCAGGAAUGCAUGUUAACACAAAGCGAGAAUGAACUUGCUUUACAGACAUCCCUGUUGCUUUCAAAAGAAGAGGGAUUGCUCACUUUUCUAAAAAAAUCUCUGGCAUUUGACAAGCUUGUGGACACAAGGGUAGAAAUCCUCAGUCUUAUUGAGAAAUUCUUGCAAAGGAUCACAGCAAGUGUCAAGAGCUGGAACAAGACAUAUGCCAUUGAUAUAAGGGAUACGUGUCUGAUUGUAUAUACGAAGGACAAAUCUGCAAAAUGCAGGGUUUCAUCAUUGGACCUUCUUGUCAAGGUUCUUUAUUUAACAAAGGACUCCAGCAUUGCACAGGAUAUGAAAGUUGGUGACAUAUGCAACAAAUUCUACAGUGAGCUGUGUCAUAAGAAUAAACUUCCUGAUACAGUUCUUGGAAAAAUCUAUGAGCUGCUGGGAGUUUUAGGUGAGGUUCAUCCCAGUGAAAUGAUCAACAACUCAGAAAAACUCUACAAAGCCUUUCUAGGAGAACUGAAGGAGCAGAUGACCUCAUUAACAAAGGAGCCAAAGCUGACAGUUGUAGCAGGAUGUUUAAAAGGAAUCACAGCUCUUCUGGUUAAUUUCACCAAAUCCACCAAUGAUGACCCUAAGACAUCGAAGGAAAUUUUUUACUAUGCCAUGAAAACAAUCAGUCCCCAGAUGGAAAUGACACGUUAUGCUGUCACCAUAGCUGGGCUCAAGCUGUUUUCCAAGCAUGCUAGUCAGCUAAGUAGCAGCUUCAUGGAGCAUUAUAAAGCUUUGUUUGAAGUCAUGUCCAAGCUGUGUGGACACCUCAACGCAGAAAUUAAGAAGACCAGUUACUAUGCCUUGGAAUCCUUCCUGAAACAGGUUGCAAGCUUGGUGGCAGAGAAUGUGGAACAACAUAAAAGCAAGCUGAAGUUCUUCAUGCAGAAAUUCUGUUCCAUAAUCAAGACAAUGGAUUCCUCACACAAGGAGCUCUCCAUCGCUAUCCGAGGAUAUGGUUUCUUUGCUGCUCCAUGUAAAGUUGUUUGUCCUCAAGACGUGGACUUGAUGUAUGUGGAGCUGAUUCAGCGGUGCAAACAGAUGUACCUCACAGAGACUGACAGGGAGGAUGAGAAUGUUUACCAGUUGCCCAGCUUCCUGGAUUCUAUUGCCAGUGUUCUCAUUCAUCUGGAAAAGGUCCCAGAGGUGUACACGCCCGUGCUGGAACGCCUCAUGGUGGUUCAGAUAGACAGCUUCCCUCAGUACAGCCCCAGGAUGCAGCCCACAUGCUGCCGCGCCAUCCUCAAGGUGUUUGUUGCCAUGGCAUCCAAGGGUCCCGUGCUCUGGAGUUUCAUCAGUUCAGUGGUGCACCAGGGCUUGAUCCGUGUCUGUUCAAAGCCAGUCCAUCUUCCGGAGGAGGGAAAUCUUCAGACUAGGAGUAGCAACAGUUCAACAUCUUCUGAUGCCCACACCGGGAGAUGGAAAGUUCCCUAUUGUUCAGACUACCUUGACCUUUUCAGGGGUCUGUUGGACUGCCAUCCGUUGAAGGACUCUGGGUUUCUAGAUGGGUCGUUUGAUAUCCAGAACAGUGCACUGAAGUCUUUGAGCCGCCUCCUGUAUGAUGAGCUGGUCAAAUCCAUCCUGAAGAUCGUAGAGAAGCUGGACCUCUCUUUGCAGAAAGUCAAUGUAGACGAUGAGAGUCAGGAGGAUAUCAGUGGUUUGGCCUUGCCCUCUUCUGACCCCUCAGCUCACCUUCUACCUAACAAACCCAAGGACUUUACUGCCUUCAUCAAUCUGGUGGACUUCUGCAGUGAAUUGCUGCUGAAUAAGCACAUGGAGUAUUUUGAGCAGUGGGUGUACCCAUUGAGCCAUGAACUCAUCCUCCAGUCCAUAAGAUCUCCUCUUGUGAGUGGCUUUUACAAGCUUCUCUCUGUCUCCAUGAUAGUGGCCAAAAAAAUCCAGUAUUUCCAGGGAGUUGGUCCCAAAAGAUUGAAGUCCGUCGAGAUAGACCCUUUGAAAUGUGCCAGUUUUGCCCUUUUCUCAAAGUUUGGAAAAGAGGUGUCUGUAAGAAUGAAACAGUACAAAGAUGAGCUGCUGGCAUCCAGCUUGACGUUUGUCCUUUCACUUCAUUAUGACAUUGUUGCUCUUGACAUAAAGGUGUAUGUCCCUGCACUACAGGUCGCUCUGAAGCUUGGUCUGAGCCACACCCCUCUGGCAGAUGCAGCCCUGGACGCUUUGGAGGUGUGGUCCAGACACAUCCCAGCAGACACCAUGCAGCCCUUCUACAAGGAUAUCCUGCCCCACUUGGAUGGAUACCUGAAGACCGCUGACACAAAUGAUAAUGAUGAACAAGGCUUGGAGAGUAUGUCUAUCUCAACUGGAAAAGAAAAAGGCUAUGGAAUCAUGAUGACCAGGCUGCUGAAGAUGUCCAAGAAUCUUACCAUGGAGGAAGAUGCUCCUCUUGCGAUGGUUAGGCGCAGAGUUGUGCGUCUUCUGGGACACCUUGGAGGACAGCACAACAGGAAUCUGGUCACAGCAACUUCAGCCGAAGAGAUGAUGAAGAAGUUUGUGGCCUGGGACAGUCAGCAGAGGCUAAGCUUUGCUGUGCCUUUCACUGAUAUGAAGCCAGUUAUCUACCUUGACCCUUUCCUGCCACGCAUCGCUGAACUGGCCUUGUCUACAAGUGACAGGCAAACCAAAGUGGCAGCCUGUGAGCUGCUUCACAGCGUGGUGAUCUACAUGAUAGGGAAGGGCUCUCAGAUAGUGGAGGGAGAGAACUCACCGCCUAUGUACCACCUACACAAGAGGAUUUUCCCAGUGCUUCUCCGUCUAGCCUGUGAUGUGGAUCAGGUAACAAGACAGCUCUUUGAACCACUGGUGAUGCAACUCAUCCACUGGUUCACCAGCAACAAGAAGUUUGAAAGUCAGGACACAGUAGCUGUUUUAGAAGCCAUUCUGGAUGGACUGAUCGACUCAGUAGACAGUACUCUCAGAGACUUUUGCGGUCGCUGCAUUCAAGAGUUCGUCAAAUGGUCCAUAAAACAGACAUCACCCAAGCAGCAGGAAAAGAGUCCAACCAACAUCAAGUCUGUCUUCAAACGCAUCUACAGUCUCGCCUUACAUCCGAAUGGUUUCAAAAGACUUGGUGCAGCCUUGGCAUUCAAUAACAUCUACAGACAGUUCAGAGAGGAAACCGCCUUGGUGGAGCAGUUUGUCUUUGAAACCCUGGUCAUAUUUGUGGAAAGCAUGACACUGGCCCAUGCAGAUGAGAAAUCAUUGGGGACCUUGCAGCAGUGUGGGUCGUCCAUUGACCACCUCAAGAGAAUUAUAAAAGGCAAGGCUGACAGCCUUAACCAGCGCAAUGCCAAGAGACGCAUUCCUCGAGGAUUUCCCAAGGAUGAGCCAGUGUGUCUGGGUGACGUGGUCAUGUGGCUGCUUGAGCAGUGUGGUCGGCCCCAGACUGAGUGCCGUCACAAGUGCAUGGAGCUCUUUUAUGAAUUUGUGCCGUUACUACCAGGUAAGAAGUCUCCAUCUCAGUGGCUGGAGGGCGUGUUGAUGAAGCAGGAUGAUGGAUUUCUUGUGGCCAGGUUUGAGGGUGGGGGCCUCUUAGUUCAUCCCACACUUAGGGACCUCUCUGGCCCCUUCAGUGUGAGGGCCACUCUGCAAUGGAUGGAUCUGCUGCUGGCUGCACUGGACUGCUACAACACUUUCAUUGGGUUACACAUCGUCAAGCCGCAUCAGAUACUAGGUUCUAGUGAAAAGUCGAGCUUUCUGAAGGCUGUGGGCUGGUUCUUGUCUACGUUGGCCACACAGGGACUGGAAACAGCAGAGAGCUGUUUCACAGUUGGACAGAAAACCUCCUUUUUCAGUCUGAGUGAGACAGACCAGUACAACUACAGCAAAUGCACCAUUAUUGUACGACUGUUUGAGUUUGCUACAAUGGUGUUGACCAAAUGUCAGCAGGACUUUUGGAAGGUGCUGGAGAAGGACAUUUUGAAUCCCAGCUUCUUUGAGCUGGCAGCCUUGUGUGUGUGCCAACCCUCCUCAGUGGGGUUUAACAUGGCUGACUUGGAGGUGAUGACGCGCUUGCCUGAGGUGUGUGUGCUUCUGCUGAAGGCUGGGGUAGCCACUACCUACCGCACCAACCUGGAGGACAGCAUCUCUAAGAAAAUAUCCAACCAAAGUUUGGAGAAGCUGUGCAGUGUGGACCUGUAUGAUCCUAAUUCCCACACCAGCCAUGCCGAGGUGGAGAUGUUGCUGUCUGCCUGUAAGCAGAUCCAUAAAGCUGGCUUCAUAAGUUCUAUUCUGCAAAGCCAGGACCAGAGUUACGCUAAGAGCCUUGGGUCCCGACUCCUCAUGGCCGUGUACAGAGGCAUCGCUCCCGGGGAAGAGAAGAGGGCUCUGCCCUCCAUGGACGUGAGGAGCAGGCGGUUAGCAGAUGGACUCCUGCAGCUGGCCUUCUCCCUCGGUGGACAGAGUGACCAGGUGGUGGACUUGUUGUUAAACACGAUCAUGCUAUCCGUGCCACUGUCGGAAGGCCACAAUCGCAACUUCCUCAGCUUCUCCCACGGAGAGUACUUCUACAGCCUCUUUCAGAUGACGGUCAACUCGGAGCUGCUGAGUAACAUCGACAACACCGUGCCGAAGCUAAUGAAGGCUGCCACCCACAACCCCAGCAUGGUGAGUGUGCUGUUGAAUGGCAUGCUGGACCACAGUUUCCGGGAGCGUGUGGUGAGGAAGAACCACGGAAGCAGGCUGGUUGAGCUGGUGCUGCAGAGGUGGGACUGUCUGCACCCCUGGUGGGGUACGAGCGCCUCCACUCCCCAGAGCAAGACUGCCACUCUCGUUCUCCUCUCCAAGCUUCUGCAGAUCGAUUCAUCCGUGUGUUCGAACACAGACCAUAAGGCUUUUCGUGUGGUCUUCACCACUUUCACCACACUCAUAGUAGACAUGACCCUCCCUUUGAAUCUCAAAAGUCAGGCCCUCAUCAUACUCCCCUUCUUUACCACACUGCCUGAGGAGCCUCUGGCAGAGCUGCAGAGGGCUCUGGAGGCCCUGGUGGCCUCUCACUUCCCCAUGCAGUCAGAUGAGUUCUCCAGGGGAUCACUGCAGCGCAACAACUACAUGGAAUGUAUUCGCAAGUUUCUGGAUGCCUUGGAACUCUCUCAAAGUCCGCUGCUGUUGAAACUGCUGGCUGAAGUUUUGUGUCGGGACACAAUACACAUCAUGGAGGACCUUUUCCAAACCUGUUUCCAGAAGAUAGCCAGACAGUCCAACCCUGAGCGGCAGGUGCUGCUCCUGUGUGCUGUGUACAGAACCUUCGAGAAGGGGGAUGUUCCAGUACCGUCUAUGGUGCAGGCCAUGCUGGAGAGGGUCCUGCUGCCUCUGGCCUCUCACUGUGAGCCAAAGGCCCUGGAUGACUUCUUCGUCGCUAACAUCUCGACCAUCAUGGGCUCUUUACACUUGCGCUUCACUAAGUCCAGUGAGGUGGUGUUUGAAGCCCAGUUGAUGAAGAAGAAUGGCUGCUACAAGCUAAUGGAGCUGCUGUACUCGAGGCUUCCCAAAGAGCAGCUCUAUUCUAAGAACUCCCAGAUCAACCAGGCCUUCUGUGGCACAGGCAAUAAAGAGGGCAAUGAGCUGUCAAAAGCACUCAUCAAGUCCUGUUUUGAAGCCUUCACUGAAAACAUGACAGGAGAAAGCCAACUUCUGGAGCAGAGGAGGCUGUACCAUUGUGCUGCAUAUAACUGUGCCACGGCAGUAAUCAGCUGCAGUUUCAAUGAGACCAAAUUCUACCAAGGAUUCCUCUUCACAGAAAAGCCUGAGAAAAAUCAGUUUAUUUUUGAGAAUAUCAUCAAUACUGAAAGGACAUACAGAUUCCCAAUUGAAGUUGAGGUGCCUCUUGAGAGAAAGAAGAAAUACAUAAUGGUUCGGAAGGAAGUGAGUGAAGAAAACAGAGAAGACCCAGUCUACCUAUCCUCCCAGUCCUACAUGGCUGACAGUAGCCUGAGUGAGGAGAUGAGUCAGUUUGACUUCUCAACUGGAGUCCAGAGUUUCUCCUACAGUUCCCAGAGUGCUGUGGGGCAAAAGCGGACGAGUAGAAAAAGGGAAGCAACCGACACAGUAGAAGAUGUGGCUGUGGAUCUGGAAAUGGAUGAGUUGAACCAGCACGAGUGCAUGGCCACCAUGACGGCACUGCUGGGCCACAUGCAGAGGAACAACAUCACCCCCAAAGUAGAGCAGGGAAGUGUUCCCAGUGAACUCCCACCCUGGAUGAAAUUUCUGCAUGGGAAGUUGGGGAACCCAGCAACACCACUUAACAUUCAACUUUUCAUUUCAAAGCUCAUCAUCAACGCGGAAGAGGUUUUUCGUCCAUAUGCCAGCUUUUGGUUGGGGCCACUAUUACAACUUGUAGUGUCUGGAAAUAAUGGAGGCGAAGGUAUCCACUUCAUGGUGGUGGAUAUAGUGGUCACAGUCCUCUCCUGGAUCAGCAUAACCAGUCCCAAGGGUAACACAAGAGAUGAAGUACUGGCCAAUCGUUUACUUGAGUUCCUUAUGAAAAACUGCUUCCACACCAAGAAGCCUGUCUUCAGGAACAACCUGGAGAUAAUUCGCAUAGUGGUGGAGUGCUGGAAAGACUGCUUGAAUGUACCCUACAACAUUAUUUAUGAACGCUUCCGUGGCAUGGACCCAAACAGUAAGGACAACUCUGUGGGGCUUCAGCUCCUGGGGAUCAUUCUUGCCAACAGCCUCCCUGCUUAUGAUCCAACAUGUGGAAUAGAGUAUGACAGGUACAUCCAGUCUCUUAGCAACAAUAUUUCCUUCACGAGGUAUAAGGAAAUUUACUGUGCUUCUGCUGAGAUUAUCGGCCUAACACUGAAGAACCUGUCUGACAAGGAUCUCCCUCAUGCAUCAUUGCUGGAGCUCACUGCUAGCAAGUUAGAUGAUCUGAAGAGAAAAGAGAUGGAGGACAAAUUCAUUAUUUGCUUGAGCAAAGUCUCAAAGCACUUCCCUCCAUUCAUUGACCGGUUUGUAAACUCAGUGUUUUUCCUGCUGCCGAAGCUUCACGGUGCUUUGAAGACUCACUGUCUGGAGUGCAUAUCGAGCCGAGCAGAGGUCAUCCCUGACAUCUACCGUCAGCUGAAGACCAAGGGCUUCACUCAGAUCAUGGAACAAAGGGAUGAGGCUAGGCAGAGAGUGUGUCUAGACAUCCUGCACAAGAUCCUGGCCCUGCUGAAGCCACAAGAGCUUCAGGAGUUCCUGGGAGGAGUCACCUCUUUUAUCUCCCAUCCCUCCCCUGCCUGCCGAGAGAGAAUGUACGAUAUCCUCAUGUGGAUCCAGGAUAACUACAGUGAUGCAGAGAGUAUGUCUGACAGCACCUCAGUAGAGGUUCUUAACACCGCGAAGGAAAUCCUCCUUCAGGGACUUGUUGAUGAAAAUCAAGGCCUUCAACUGUAUGUGCGCAAUUUCUGGUGUCACGAGAAGCGCUUGCCCACUGUCACCCUGGAGCGCAUGCUGGUGCUGCUCGAGUCCCUGUACUCCAGCCGUAUCGAGCGCUGCUUCUUAAGCCUGGCAACCAACUUGAUGCUCGAGAUGACCAGCCAGAGUCCAGACUUCACACGCAACAUGUUUGAGUACCCCUUGUCCGAAUGCAAAUUUCAGGACUACGUGAUCGAUUCCAACUGGCGGUUCAGGAGCACUGUAAUGACCCCUAUGUUUGUGGAUACCCAAGCUACCCAGGGCCAGGAGAGCUUGGGGUCUCAGCAGGGGGGCACACUGGGUGGCCAGCUCAGAGCCACACAGGCCUCCCUGGAGUUCAGUCAAACUCAGACUUCAGGUCGUCGAACAGCAUUUAACUGGUUGACGGGCAACAGUGUGGACACUCUAGGAGACUACACACAGUCGUCUGACACAUCCUCCUCUUUGUUGGGAUUUGGAAAGAAGACUGAAAGACAUUCAGCAGCUUGGAGGCAAACCGGCGAAGGCUUCGGCACCAAGCACCUCAGCGCGCCCUCAGACGAGGGCAACAGUCGCAGUAAAGCUGAGAGUGAGCGACGUGCUGACAUACUGAGACUAAGGCGCAGGUUCCUCAAGGACCAGGAAAAAGUCAGUUUACAAUUUGCAAGGAAAGAAAUCCGUCUACAGAAGCAAAAGCAGGACAGCAUGGCUGAAGAGAGGUUAAAAAGGGAGUCCCAGGUGACUCUGUAUCGCAGCUACAGAGUUGGAGACUUGCCGGAUAUCCAGAUCCAACAUAGCAGCCUCAUCGCUCCUCUUCAAGCUCUGGCUCAGAGAGAUCCCACUCUUGCCAAACAAUUGUUCAGUUCUCUGUUUGCUGGUGUCCUACGGGAGAUGGAAGACCACAGAUCUACUGCUGAGAAGAAGAGGAUCUAUGAAAAGCUCCAGACAGAUCUGAACAAGUUCCUGAGCAAGAGCAUAGGCUUCUUUCCCCCUUUUGUUGCAUGUGUUCAGGAUAUGUGCUACCAGCACACAGAGUUGCUUCAGAUUAUUCCUGCAGUCAUCAGCUUCAGCUGCAUUGCCAGCCUCCAGCAGCCAUCAGGCAUCUUGCUUCUGGAGAAAGUCUUGCUGCAGGGCUGCAGCUCCCUGGAGCCCCCUACCAAGCGGCCACGCGGACACAAACAGAUCCCCCCCGACACUGAAAAAUGGAUCCAUCUUGCAAAGCUCUAUAGGUCUUUGGGGGACUAUGACGUUGUAAGGGGUAUCUUUGGUGGAAAAAUUGGAACAAAGCCUAUCACUUCCACAGCUGUGCAGGCAGAAGCAAGGAGUGACUAUGCGGAGGCAGUGACACUCUACAAUGAGGCUCUCAACACCGAGGAUUGGGAUGGUGCUGAUCCUACUGACUCGGAAAAAGACUUCUGGGAGACUGCUGCUUUGGAAGCCUACAACCACCUGGGAGAGUGGAAGUCUCUGCACUACUGCUCCACCGUCAACAUCGACGAGAACUCCCCAGUUAACCUGGAGAAUAUGUGGAAUGAUUCCUUCUUUCAGGAAACAUACUUGAAAUAUAUGAUGCGCAGCAUGCUGAAACAACUCCAGUUAGGGGAGAGGAACCAGGAUCUCCUCAGUUUUGUGGACAGCAGCAUGAAGGUUCAAGAGCGCAAGAACCUCCUGGAGAGCCAGUACAGCCAGGAGCUCAGUCUACUCUACAUCCUGCAGGAAGAUUAUGACCGGGCCAAGUACUAUGCCAACAACUGUAUGCAGAUCUUCAUGCAGGAUUACUCCAGUGUUGAUACCCUUUUGAACCAAAGUCGGCUGACUAUUCUUCAGUCAGUUCAAGCCCUGAUCGAGGUCCAGGAUUUCCUUCAGUUCAUCACUGGAGACGUUUCAAUAAACUCCCUGAAGAACCUCAUCAAGUUAUGGACUGACCGAUAUCCUGAUGUCAAAAUGGAUCCAAUCAACGUAUGGGAUGAUGUCAUAACAUCUCGGUGUUUUUUCUUGGAUAAGAUAUGCGAGAAACUGAAUGGCACAGAGAGAAUGGAAGUGGAUGAGCCAACAGGAGAUGAUAACCUCAACCAACUGGUGCAGGACUGCAAGUUCACCAUGAAGAUUUGCAUGGCUGACAGUGCAUGGAAACAGAGUAACUUCCCUGUGGCCACCAAGCUGCUGAAGGAGCUCCACAGGGAAGCCAAGACGCAGAGAAGCUGGCUCAUGCGUUGGGUCCACAGCUUCACCCGUUUCAGCCACAAACGCAGCCUGACCCAAGGCCCGCUGGAGCAGAUCAGCACCACACUCAAGACUAUUCCACUACUAGACGACCUAAAGGCAGAUUUUCAAGCUGCUUCUCCCAAAGUGUUAAGAGACCAAAUUGUGCUGCUGGGAACCUCCUACCACAUCUUGGCCUCUGCUGUAAGCAAGAGCUCAUCUGUCCUGGAAACUAUUGACAGAGAGAAGCUAGAACGACUCACGCAACUUGCUGGGUCCCCCGAAAUCACCAAUCAUCCCAAGAUAGUUGUGGGGUUGGAGCAGUCUGCGUUGAAGUGGUUCUGUGAAGCUGUGAAGGUGGCAAACCAGGAGCUGCAGUCGUACUCUCAGGACUGUGUGGACACAGACGGCAUUGCAGGAGCAUACAUGGCUCUGGCCAACUUCUGUGACAAACAACUGCGUAAAGAGGAACAAAGCGAUGAAAUAAGUGAAUUUCCUGAGCUGCUGUCCUUGCCUGUGCAUGUGGUUGAAAGUGGACUCAAAGCCCUGAAGAUGAACUCUGAGGAGGCUCGUCUCAAGUUCCCUCGUCUCCUGCAGAUCAUUGAGCUCUAUCCAACAGAAACACUGGACCUUAUGGCCAAAGAGAUGGUGGAUGUACCUUGCUGGCAGCUGAUCAGCUGGAUCAGUCAGAUGUUGGCCCUCUUGGACAAACCAGAGGCUGUGGCGGUGCAGAGCGUCAUUGGUCAGAUCGCAGAGUGCUUCCCUCAAGCGCUCAUUUACGCCUACAUAAUCAGCAGUGAGAGCUACGUGUUUGAGGAAUCUGUUACUGGACACAAUCACCGGGAGUUUGUCGACAGGAUCAAAUCUGUCUUGGAUGAUGGAGGAGCAGUGCAGAACUUUGUUGAUGCCCUGCAACAGCUGACCAACCCUGAAAUGCUUUUUAAGGAUUGGUGGGAUGGUGUGAAAAACGAGUUGGAAAAACCGAGCUUCGAUCAGAGGAUGAUGAAGCGGCUUUAUGAUGAACAGCGCUCUGCUCUUGGAGAUCAGAAGGCACAAGGAGUUGGAGCAUUCCGCAGGAAAUUCAUUCAGAAAUUUGCCAAAGAAGUUGAGAAACUGUUUGGACCUGGUGGCUCCACACUGUGGAAAAAGAGGAAAGAAAAGAACUUCCUGAUGGAGGUGGAUAAGCUUGUAGACUCCAUGCGUGGAUUUCAAAAGGAGCCAGGAAACCUGAAGGAAUACUCACCCUGGUUGAGUAACUUCAAACCGGACGCACUCCGUAAUGAUCUGGAAGUCCCAGGACAAUAUGAUGGCAGGUCCAAACCAUUACCAGAAUAUCAUGCUAAAAUUACAGGAUUUGAUGAGAGGGUGAAGGUUAUGUGCUCUAUCCGCCGGCCCAAACGUGUUGUCAUGCGUGGGGAUGAUGAGCGCGAGCACCCCUUCCUUGUGAAGGGUGGAGAGGACCUUCGUCAGGACCAGCGCAUCGAACAGCUAUUUAUAGUGAUGAACAUCCUUCUCAGCCAGGACACAGUCUGUGCCCAAAAACACCUGCAACUUCGUACCUAUCAGGUGGUUCCUAUAACUACCAGAAUUGGUCUGAUUGAGUGGAUGGAGAAUACCUGUACACUGAAAGACUUCUUAUUCAACACAAGGACGGAAGAAGAGCAGAAGGCGACAAUGAGACCAAAUGAGGAAUACGAUAAAUGGAUCAAUAAAGUUUCACCAAGUGCACAGGGCAUUCGAAGAUAUGCAGAGGUUUACAAGAAGGCCAGCCGAAACGACACUGUAAACAACUUCAUGAAGAUAGAGCAGCUUGUCCCAGCCGAUCUUCUAAAGAGAGCAUUUUUGAAGAUGAGUACUACCCCAGAGGCUUUCCUGUCUCUGCGCUCUCACUUCUCUACUUCCCAUGCACUUCUGUGUGUCAGCCACUGGAUCCUGGGCAUCGGGGACCGUCAUCUCUCCAACUUCAUGAUAAAUAUGGAGACAGGGGGCAUGAUAGGCAUCGACUUUGGUCAUGCAUUUGGGUCGGCCACACAGUUCCUCCCAGUGCCAGAGCUCAUGCCUUUCCGCCUGACAAGGCAGUUUGUGAAUUUAAUGCAGCCCAUGAAGGAGUCAGGGCUGAUCCAGAGUGUCAUGGUGAACACUGUACGAGCUUACAGGAAUGACCCAGACCUGCUGCUCAAUACCAUGGACAUCUUUGUCAAAGAACCCUCUUUGGACUGGAAGAAUUUUGAAAUGAAGCAACUGAAAAAGGGAGGCACCUGGACAGAAAGUGUGGACACAAAGGAAAUCCACUGGUACCCUUUACAGAAGGUGAACUUUAUGAGGAGAAAACUUGAAGGAGCAAAUCCUGCCACUAUAACCAGUGAGGAGUUGAAGUUGGGCUUUGAGAAGGACCCUGCCUUUAAACAUAUGCUGUCUGUGGCUUUGGGAAGUGAAGAGCAUAAUGUACGUGCCAAGCUUGAACCUGAGAGCCUGUCAGUGGAGAGACAGGUGGAUUGUUUGUUGGACCAAGCCAUGGAUCGCAACAUCCUGGGAAGGGUUUGGAUUGGUUGGGAGCCAUGGAUCUGAGCCACACUGGCUACGUGUUAGAAUUAGACUGAAAAGUUGCCUGUCUGUACCAGGACUUAGACUUGAAUGUCCUCCAAGGAAUACAGCCUCAUAAUCUGAUGUAUUUUUUGUCAAAUUAGUGUCUAUGGUGAAAGGUUGACAUUUUUCAAAGAGCAACUGAAUAUAAAAAUGACCACACUUCUUUUUAUGAAGACAGUCUCCAAUAUGUGAACAUCAGUUGUUGAAAUUCAGUUUUCUCCUGUUGUUAAUACAAGUCUUUUAACCUCCUUGUGUUAAGGUAAGGAAUUACAAUAAAAUGACAAAAUAAAGAGCUUUUGUAGUGUG